UUCCACAGUACCAAGAAAUCUACUAUCUAGACAUGGACAAGCUAGAAAAGGUACCAGUCGUCAAGGAGACAAACGCUUCGGACCUCGAGUCCUCCAGCGUUGACGAGAAUAACGAGGAAUGGCAUAUUUUCAAGGACCCAGUGGUGGCUGCACACUAUGCUGAGCUCUACGAGAGGACCAAGUAUGAGUGUCGUUUCCACGUCGACCCCGACUUCACCUGGACCAAGGAGGAAGAAAGACGGGUGUUGUGGAAAAACGAGUACUACGUCACUUUCUGGGCAUUCAUCAUGUUCACCGCAUUGAAUUUUGACAGAAACAACAUGCAGCAGGCGUUGUCGGACAACUUUCUUGCCGACCUUGGUUUGAACACCAAUCAGCUCAACAUUGGAAACACCAUCAACUUAGUGUGCUUCUUGGUGGCCGAGUUGCCCUCGCAGUUGAUCUCUAAGAAGAUCGGGGCGGACGUCUGGAUUCCUACCCAGAUGGUGUUGUGGAGUGCGGUUUCUAUGUGUCAAGCAGGGAUUAAAAAUGCACCAGGAUUUUACAUCACAAGAGGGUUGUUAGGAGCAUUGCAGGGUGGUUUUAUCUGUGAUGUGGGGCUUUGGAUUUCUUACUUCUACACCAACUCCGAGUUCCCGCUCCGGUUGUCUUUGUUCUACAUUUCGAACCAGCUGUCGACGAUUUUCUCCAGUUUAUUGGCUUUUGCUAUCUUGAAAAUCAAGACUGGAGCCAUUACUCAAAGUUGGAGGUGGUUAUUUUUGCUUGAGGGUUUAUUUACCCUUUUGGUGGGGAUUUUUGCCUACUUCAAGAUGCCUGCUUCCGCAGUGCAAACCAAGGCUUGGUACAGGCCCAAAGGCUGGUACACCGAGAGGGAAGAGAAGAUUGUUGUCAACAGAGUGGUGAGAGACGACCCCACUAAGGGUGAUAUGAACAACAGACAGCCUGUCGGUCCCAAGGAAUUGUUGCACACCUUACUCGACUAUGAUUUGCUUCCCAUCUACAUUUUCAGAUUAUUUGCUGAUAUUUGUACUGCCCCAGUUGCUACCUAUUUACAAAUCGUUCUUCGUCAUAUGGGGUUCAGCACCUUCCAGACCAAUGCCUUGACCAUCCCUUACAAUGUCAUUGCGAUAAUCACCAUGAUCGGGUUAAGUGUUCUUUCUGAAAGGCUAAAAUCAUUGGCUUUUGCUCUAGCAUUGAUCCCAAUCUGGAUUUUGGCCACGUUAAUUCCGUUGAGGUUCUGGGGCGACGCCCAGAAGAAUAUAUGGGGAACUUGGGGGUUAUUGACGGUUCUAUUGGGGCAUGCUCCAAGUUGGCCUUUGACAAUCAGUUGGUGUUCUUACAACUCCAAUGGUGUCAGAACUCGGGCUGUUUCUGCAGCAGUGGUCAAUAUGUUUUCCCAGGCUGCUGCCAUCAUCGGGUCAAAUAUAUAUCGAAAGGACGAUGCUCCUCUAUACAAGAGGGGCAACCAGGUGUUGAUCGGUAUUACAUUUGCUACUUUAGCAGUUGCAAUCUUGAGCAGAUUUUACUAUCAGUUUAGAAACAAACAGAAGGAAGCACAGUGGAGCGCUUUGACUCCCGAGGAGCAGGAGAACUACGUGCAUGCUUCCACUGUUCAGGGUAACAAGAGAUUAGAUUUUAGAUUCCGCUACUAGCCAUAUCUGGUUAUAUGACUUUAGUGAUUAUUAUAAGGUAUUUAAAGAUAGUAGAUGUAACGAAUUAA